CGGCGGGAGGAGCUGGAGGCGCGCGGCGGCGCGUCCCUGCUGCUGCUUGACUGCCGGCCACACGAGCUCUUCGAGUCAUCGCACAUCGAGACGGCCAUCAACCUGGCCAUCCCGGGCCUCAUGCUGCGCCGCCUGCGCAAGGGUAACUUGCCCAUCCGCUCCAUCAUCCCCAACCACGCCGACAAGGAGCGUUUCGCCACGCGCUGCAAAGCGGCCACCGUGCUGCUCUACGACGAGGCCGCGGCCGAGUGGCAGCCCGAGCCCGGCGCUCCCGCCUCCGUGCUCGGCCUGCUCCUACAGAAGUUACGCGACGACGGCUGCCAGGCCUACUACCUCCAAGGUGGUUUCAACAAGUUCCAGACGGAGUACUCUGAGCACUGCGAGACCAACGUGGACACCUCACCGAGUGGCUCGCCGCCUACCUCGGUGCUGGGCCUCGGUGGCCUCCGCAUCAGCUCCGACUGCUCAGACGGCGAGUCGGACCGAGAGCUGCCCAGCAGUGCCACUGAGUCAGAUGGUAGCCCCGUGCCAUCCAGCCAGCCGGCCUUCCCCGUCCAGAUCCUGCCCUACCUCUACCUCGGCUGCGCCAAGGACUCCACCAACCUGGACGUGCUGGGCAAGUACGGCAUCAAGUACAUCCUCAACGUCACACCCAACCUGCCCAACGCCUUCGAGCACGGCGGCGAGUUCACCUACAAGCAGAUUCCCAUCUCUGACCACUGGAGCCAGAACCUCUCCCAGUUCUUCCCCGAGGCCAUCAGCUUCAUUGACGAGGCCCGCUCCAAGAAGUGUGGUGUCCUGGUGCACUGCCUGGCGGGCAUCAGCCGCUCGGUGACGGUCACAGUGGCCUACCUGAUGCAGAAGAUGAACCUGUCACUCAACGACGCCUACGACUUCGUCAAGAGGAAAAAGUCCAACAUCUCACCCAACUUCAACUUCAUGGGGCAGCUGCUGGACUUCGAGCGGACGCUGGGGCUGAGCAGCCCGUGCGACAACCACACGCCCAGCGAGCAGCUGUACUUCUCCACGCCCACCAACCACAACCUGUUCUCACUCAACACGCUCGAGUCCACGUGAGGCCAGCCACGGCACACUUGUGCGAGCCAGGGCCAGGCGGGAGGGCCCAAGCCUGCUGCCUCUGGCCAGACGAACCCACGGACGUCACCGGUGCCCAGAAGCCCAGAUGGGUUGGUGGCCGAGCUCCCCUCGCCAGGCUGCAGGACAGGGCCCGCGGGCAAGGCCUCCCUCUGCAGGACCUGGAGAGGCCUCUGCUCUCAGACACAUGGCUUUGCGGGGAUGACAGGGCCUCAUCUGCGUCCCAGGACACGCCUUUCUGCUGACAGCCCGGCCAGUUUGGCUGUUUUUUAAAGACACAUCCACGGACCUGAGUUUACUUUUUACUUUUUGGCAGGUAAAUCCGAGCUCCCUGGAGCACGGAAUGUGUUCAAGCUCUUCUCCAUUUUUCUUUUUUUAAUGAAAAGUGUUAUUUUCAGGCUACAUGCAACAGUGGAUUGUAUAAACCAGUAUUUCACCCCUUUCCUGAUCCUGCGAGAGAGAGGUGUUCUCGGUUUUGUUUUUCUUUCUAUUUCCAAAAGCAAUUACUGGUGUUUUGUUUUUAUUAUUUUUUUGUAGUGGGAAAGACAAACCCCGUGUUGAUCUUGACCAAAUGCAUUUUGCACAUGUGUGAAGUCUCCGUUUCCUUAGCAGGCCCUUCUUGAAGGGGUGGCUUGCUGCUGUCUGGGUGUCACGACCCCCGUGUGCCACCACCCACCCUUGUCCCAGCCCACCUUGGCCCUGCGGCUGCCGUGACGACAGUUACGAGUUGUGAUCAGUUACGAGUUGUGAACGGUAGCCUGGACUAGUGGUCUUUGCAUUUUUUGCCCUCCCAUCUGCCCUCUGGGGGUUUCUGCAGACCUCCCUGAGGCAGAAGCUGGGGGCCCUGCUGCUGGCCUGCUGGGGGCGAGGCUGCAGCAACUGCCACACAGAGCAUUAAGCCCUCUGGGCUCAGCCCCGGGGUGGGGGGGCCUGGGCCCUGGGCCCUUUUAUGGACUUACCCACUACUUCUGUCUCUUUCUCUCGCUGUUUGUAACUGGGAACGGAGGCCCAGUGGCUGGGGAAAGCUUCUGUGGCGGAGGCCCAGCCCUGCCUGCAGGGACUUCCCUUCACCCUGGCUGUUCCCUUGGUCCAGCCGCCUUGCCCUGUGGAAGCCUGCCCCGCCCUCGCUUGGCCCAUGCCUUCUGCCACCAGGAAACAUACACCCAUUUCCGCCCUAGGGCAGGGGCAGGUGGGGCAAAACCGGACAGGUGGAAAGGGUGUGAGGCUCUGCCCACCCCACCCCACCCCGAUAUCCACAGAACAAAGCCACGGAUUCCGUUAUCCUCUUCCAGUUUCGUUUCUUCUCCAACCUCAGUUCUGCCGGGCGUCAGGACUGCA